AUGUGGCCUGCGGAGGGUAGCAGUCGCCGUGGCGACGUUGUGACGGCGCGAGCAGCGGCUGAGGCAACGGACAAAGGCAUCCGGGCGGGCACAGUGCUCGAAACGCUGCAGCGGGCUUCCCGACAUGCGCAAGGGGUUGUCGAGACGGGUGUGACGACAACGCGCCAGCUACAGGUGCAGGGAGAACAAAUGCGGCGGGUUGACCGCGGCCUCGAUGAGGUGAAGCAGGAGUUGGGCGCCGGCGAUCAUGCCCUGCUGCGCAUGACGUGGGCGGGUAGAAUUAAAAGUUGGUUCAAGCCAACACCGCCGCAGCCGAGUAACAGGGGUUUGUCUUCGUCUGUGCUGUCGCCAUCGUCCGCGCAGCCCCCAGAAGAGCAGCUGGGGCAAAAACGACAAGGGCAGGAAACACGUGGCAGGGACCCCCAUGGGGUGAGUAGUGACGGCCGCGACAAUCAGCUCUCCAAAGAGGAGGAGGAACUGUUGGAUGCGUUACUGGGCGACGUGCACGUCAUGCGGGAACAGGCCACUCUUCAACGGGCGAUACUCACAGACCACAGUUGCCGUCUUGGUGCCAUGACGACAAAAACCGACGAGGUCUGCAAUCACAUGGAACGUAUGAACCGAAAGGUGGAAAAGAUGCUUUAA